AUGAAUUCAGAAAAAAUAAUUUAGCAGCAAAGUCAACUCAAUGAAUGGUUUAACCUUUUUAAGAGACAUAGAUCAAUUACAUAGGAUUAAUAGAUUUAAUCUGACGAAAGUAGUGAUGCAUUAUAAAGAAUCAAGCCACUCUCCUUGAAAGAUGAUUUAGAUCUGAAAACAACACAUAUAUUUGUCAUAAAUUUAGUAAGACUGCAGGGCAGGUUAUUUAAUGAGCAUUCUAAUCUUAAAGAUCUCAAAUCAAUUACACUGCAUCUAACUCUAGUAAGAAAAGAUUUUGAAUUCAUUGGCAGAACUUAUUCUACUCAACAGUAUCAAUGUACUAUUGAUGAAGAAUUCUUAGUGAAAGUCAAUUUCGAGAAAUAGAUAAUACCUUAAAACGUUGAUAGCAUUUUAAAUCAAAGAAAAAUAAGUCACGAUAUCGUAUUCCUUGUUGAAAACAAAGAUGAAUUUGAUGGGCUAUAAGUAGCUGUCGAGAUCAGUGGAAAUCUUGAUCUAUAAAAUGGCUUAACCAAAAGAAUACCUAUUGGCUAUACACUACUACCAGUAAUAGCUAGAAAGAUUGAAUAAGAAAUAGAUAGACUGCAAUCAAAGAUAGACACUCAAUUAAAAAUUCAAGACCCUAAUCAGAUAUUUUAUAUUGGCUUCAAAGAAAAUCUUAUCAUAGGGUCAUUAAGAGAUUUCCUGUCUGAUAAACUUUUACUUUAAAGUUGCAACCUAUUUACCGCAUUUGACUUUAAUUGGUACUGA